GAGAGAGAGAGAGAGAGACGAUAAAUUCAGAGUAUAUAUCUGAUAUUUUCCAAAUUUCUUUUCUUUUCAGCUUUAAACUGGUCAGCUUGUAAGAGCCCUCUUUGAGAUUUCUGAAUCUUUGAGCAGACAUUUCUGGGUGCCACUGGGAUUUGUUUCUUCUCCGUUUUAAAGAUAGCACUACCUUUUUCAACCCCAACAGUUUGCACAAGCUGAUCAGUUUCGGGUUCCAAAGGAUUUCUUCAAAAUUUGAUAUACUCCAUGUGAUCUGGCUCUUUUCUAAUCUGGGUUUGUAUAAUCUCUCGGUUUCGAGGAAAGGUUGCGAAUAAUUUUUUUGUACUACGUGGAAAUUUUGUUUCAGGGUUUGUUGGUAAAGAAAGGCGUACUAGUGGUGGUGGUGGUGUUGAGGGAGGUGGGUAUCGGUCGGUGUUUUGGGAUUUGGGGAGUUCUGAUAUUAUGUGUGGCUUGAGUGUUUAGGGUUAGUGAGAGAUGGGAUUGGGUGGUGAGAAUGGAAAGGUGGAGAGUUGGGAAGUGGGCAAAUCGAAGGGUGGGAAGAAGAAAAAGAAGGAGGUGGAAGAAAUGGGAGAGGAGGAGAUUGGGUGUUGGGUUAGGCUGAGGUUCCUUGGGAACUGCAUUUCUUCAAGAUCCAAAGUCGAUAGCUCAAGCAGUGGGACCACUGCUAAUUAUGCUGAAAGUAAAUCAAUGAAUGAUACAAGCAGAGACCAACCGGCAGCUCCAAUAGUUUCUUCCUCUACCACAAGCAAUGCAGAAAGCAAUUCAUCCACUUCCAAACUUGAAGAGGAGCUUAAAGUUGCUUCUCGUCUGCGGAAAUUCUCAUUUAAUGAUCUCAAGUUGGCAACAAGAAAUUUUAGACCUGAGAGUCUUCUUGGUGAAGGUGGUUUUGGUUGUGUGUUCAAGGGGUGGAUUGAAGAAAAUGGAACUGCUCCUGUGAAACCUGGUACUGGGCUUACUGUUGCUGUUAAAACCCUCAACCAUGAUGGGCUUCAGGGUCAUAAAGAAUGGCUGGCUGAAGUAAAUUUUCUCGGUGAUCUUGUUCAUCCUAACCUGGUCAAACUUGUUGGUUAUUGCAUUGAAGAUGACCAAAGGUUGCUAGUGUAUGAAUUCAUGCCUCGAGGGAGCUUGGAAAACCAUCUAUUUAGAAGGUCCUUGCCUCUCCCAUGGUCCAUUAGAAUGAAAAUUGCACUAGGUGCUGCGAAGGGUCUUUCUUUUCUUCAUGAGGAAGCAGAAAGGCCUGUUAUAUAUCGUGAUUUUAAAACCUCCAACAUCCUUUUAGAUGCAGACUACAAUGCGAAGCUAUCUGAUUUUGGACUCGCCAAAGAUGGUCCUGAGGGAGACAAAACCCAUGUUUCUACCCGUGUGAUGGGAACCUAUGGUUACGCAGCCCCAGAAUAUGUCAUGACAGGACAUCUUACUUCAAGGAGUGACGUGUACAGCUUUGGUGUGGUUUUACUUGAAAUGCUGACUGGAAGAAGAUCCAUGGACAAAAACCGGCCAAAUGGAGAACAUAAUCUUGUGGAAUGGGCUCGGCCAUAUCUAGGGGAGAGAAGAAGAUUCUACCGGUUGAUAGAUCCCCGGCUUGAAGGUCACUUCUCAAUUAAAGGAGCCCAAAAAGCCGCACAACUUGCUGCCCACUGCCUUAGUCGGGAUCCAAAAGUCAGACCCCUAAUGAGUGAAGUUGUUGAAGCCUUGAAACCUCUGCCAAACCUCAAGGACAUGGCAAGCUCAUCAUAUUAUUUCCAGACUAUGCAAGCUGACCGCAUUGGAUCCCCAAAUGCUAGAAAUGGCACCCGAACACAGGGAGGACCCUUUUCAAGGAAUGGGCAGCAGCAGAGGAGCCUUUCCAUGAACGGUUCCCAUGCUUCUCCAUAUCACCAUCAGUAUCCUCACCAAUCGCCAAAACCCAUUGGUAAACCAUAGGAUUUGCUGUGAUAAUUUAUCUGCUGUCUCUUUUCCCCCCCAACCCCCCCGGCAUCAUUCGUUUCUUCCCCCCCGCCCACUUUCUUGGUAUAGAUCUAUCUUCUUUUAAAGCAUUUGUUCUUAGAGAACUGAAAAGCAACGAAGAAACAUGUUUGCUUUAUGUUGUGUUUAGAGUGGUGACGUACCAGUCCGGGAGAAUGUGAGGGCAGGUGAAGCUUUAUAGAGGAAAAUGUGUAUGCCAACCAAUGUAUUUCUCCAGUUUGUUUGGAAAUAUCAAAGUGUAUCACCUCCUGCCC